AUGUCGUCGAGAGCAUUGAGAAAGGCCCAGCGUGAGCGCGAAGAACAGGAGCAACUGCGGAAGCUCCAGGAAGAGCACGAAGAGCAAGAUGAGGGUUCCGAAGAGGAAGAGGCUCCUGCUGCUGCUCCGCCCAAGCAGAGUCUCUUUGCCAUGCUAAACGAGGACGGUGCCGACGACGAAGACGAUGCUGAAGAUGAAGAUGAAGACGUCCACCAAGACGAAUCAGAACAAGAGGCCGAAAAGCCCACACCUACCCAGCCGACACCUAAGCCUUCCACCAAGUCCAAGAAGAAAAAGAAGAAGGCAAAGAAGGCCGCCCAACCCGCAACCUCUUCCAAAGCAGACGCCUCGCUGGACGACAUCGAUCUUGCUCUCAAGUCCCUCUCGACCAAAGCUUCUGGUACUGCCACACCCACGAACACUGCAGACCCAAACACAAACGAAGUAUGCCGUCUGCUGUCCAUCGACACAGCUUCUCUCCAUGCUGCCAAUGAGAUGCGCAGACUCUUUGGUCGUGGAAGAAGUGAUGGUUUGGCUGCGCUCAGUCGCCGUCGCAACAUCUUCAUCCAGGGCAAGGAAGAGUGGCCUGUUGCAACCAGCGGAGGUCUCGGUAUGGAGGUCAUUGAGAAGCGAUCAGACGGCACCGUGGAAUAUGCCUUUGUUCACAGCCGCAUCUACCAGGAUGUUCAGGGUCAGUUUGAGACAUGCGUGGCAUCCAUGGACCCCCAGCGUAUGGUACUCUUGUUGCAACACAACCCAUACCACAUCAGCACUCUGCUGCAAGUUUCGGAAAUCGCAAAGCAAGAGCGCGAUCACACCACUUCCGGUGAUCUGUUGGAGCGUGCUCUCUUCUCCUUUGGUCGUGCGGUUCACUCAACCUUCUCAGCCAAUCUCCAGCAAGGCAAAGCCCGUCUUGACUUCCGCCGUCCUGAAAACCGCGAAUUCUGGCUCGCUGCAUGCCGCUACAUUUCCAACCUUGGUAUGCGAUCCACCUGGCGCACCGUCUAUGAAUGGUCCAAGUUGUUGCUCAGUCUCGAUCCUGAAAACGAUCCUUACUGCAUCAGUCUUGUUAUUGAUCAGUAUGCUAUCCGUGGACGCCAACCUCAAAACUUUUUGGACCUUGUCAACAACCCUAUCUUCACGACCAAGUGGAAGCACUUGCCGAAUGUCCAGCUCAGUCGCGCUCUUGCCUUCAUCCGAGUUGGUAACGCAGCUAAAGGCAAGCAGUCUCUUUACACUGCCGUCAGCCGCUUCCCUUGGGUUGUGGCACGCCUCUUCCAGGAGCUUAAUCUUGACCCUCCACCUAGUGUCUGGGGCAAGUCACCACGCACAGACAGCGAGAAGCUACAUUCUGAAGUAUAUGCCAUCCGUGCCAAGGAUCUUUGGAACACUCCAGAGGCUAGUGAGCUGCUCGUCGAAGUCAGCUCGGCCGUUAGCAGCGAAGUCCCCGAGCCACCAGUGGUAGAUAGAGACAUCACUCUUGACGAGGGUAGACACAUCCUGAUGAGUGACAUGCCUACUCUCAUCGCGCUUCUGCCUCGCUCUAUUACAGCCAAGGUCACAUCUGCCUCUGACCCUCUCCCGCCACAAGACAACCAGGCCACAUACACUCCUGCAUCAACUCAGCGUGUUGUACAGCCACCAUCAGGUGCUUUGGGAGGCGCAGCUGAGAGCCUGCGUGAGCUCCAAGGACUCUACCGCUUCUUCUCAGAACUGUUCCCAUGGUUCAAUCCUACGGGUGAGGGCGAAGAAAGGCCUCAACCAAGCGAGGAGGAGAUUGAACGCCGUAUCGCUGAAAGCGGUGUAUCGGAAGAAGUCAUUGUGCAGCGUACGCAGCGCCUAAUGGACUUGCAGCAGAGGCUUAUCUCUGUUGGUGAGCCUGAGGCAGGAGCAGAGGCCGCCCUUGCAGUCGAUGACGAGUAA